GAAGAAAUGAAGCUACUACUCAGUAUAGGCCUAGCAGUCCUGCAGUAACAUUCCCCCGCGUCAUCAAAAUUGCCAUGCUGCCAUAGAAACACGAUCGCAGCCCACUGGUGGUAUGCUCACGCAUGCUCGCACGGGCAACGUACGAAAUUUAUUUAGGCGGGGAUCGAGCGCGCGCAAACAAUUUUCGGUGGUGACCGUAGAACGCAGUGGUUUUGAAUUCGCGACCGAACGAAUGCCGAGUUUGUGUUGGUAUUGUACUCAUGAAGCUGUUCCACGACUGGCGAGUGGCAAGGGCUUUCUGCUCACUCUGAACACUCGCUGCCUUGUUGUGACAGUCUCGCGGAUUCUUCGAUUGUGUGGCGUCUCGCAAGCUCACAGCUUUCGACGACUGAUUUGCGUUGAAUAUCUGAGCCGAGGUUUCAAUUAUAAUCGGUAUUUGGCGGUGAACGGAUAGUCAACGUGCUGCAGCACCGUGCAGGCUUCAUCUAUACCUAUCGUAGUAAACUUUUUUCGGUCCUCAGCUUAGGUGCAAUCUCAAGUGUCAUAUUCAACAGUGAGCGUGCGCCUACUUAGCUUUUGUUCUAUCCUUGCUUCCAAGUGAAUAUUUACCUUGCUCUUCUGUGGUGAUCGAUUGUGAGCUAUUGAUGAUAUUUAAAGUGAGAAUGAUAUGAAAGUGCUUUGAACGGAAGUGAGAUUUGUUGGUAAAAUUUAAAUCGUUGAAGCUCACUGUGUUGAUUACAUAAAAGUGAAAAGUUCCAGAUAAUCGUUUGAAAAUACACGCAUUGUUGAAAUAAGCGAAUUUGAGUAUUCUAGUACCGCACCUAUGCGCAGCUCUUGUCGAUUCUUCAAGUUGGAAGCCUCGUGAAACAACCCCAUUCCGAGGAGAAGCAUUCAACCAUACAUUUUCAAUUGAAGGAAACAACAUCAAGACACAAGGACAAUGGUAGGGCAAAGAAUAGCAAACUCUUUACUAAAGAGAUCAGCAUUUUCAACAGCAAUUAGUGUGCUACCGAACGAAGUGGCCUCGGCCGGAACAGCACAAGCAGGGGCGGAUCUACGGACAGUAGACCUCGAUGGCAGUGUCAAACCGUACUCGGAAGUACCGGGGCCCAAAGAGUUGCCCCUGAUAGGCAACAGUUGGCGAUUUGCGCCACUUAUUGGCCAGUACCGCAUCGAAGAUUUGGACAAGGUGAUGCGUGAUCUACAUCGACACUUUGGCAAGAUCGCUAAAGUAGGCGGUCUGGUCGGUCACCCAGAUCUGCUGUUCGUGUUCGAUGCCGAUCUGAUUCGGGACACCUUCAAGAAGGAGGAAAUUCAACCGCACCGUCCGGCCAUGCCAUCGCUACGGAACUAUAAAUCGAAGCUUCGGAAAGAUUUUUUCGGCGACAACAUGGGACUGAUCGGAGUACACGGCGAAAAGUGGGACGCAUUCCGCGCUCAGGUACAGCAGGUGAUGCUGCAGCCGUCGACGGCAAAAAAGUACAUCGCUCCACUCGAUGAAAUUUCCUCCGACUUUAUGGCCAGGAUACACGAAAUGCGGGACGAGAACAAUGAACUGCCGGGCGAUUUUCUCCAUGAACUCUACAAGUGGGCACUCGAGUCGAUUGGACGUGUGGCCCUCGACACCCGGUUGGGUUGUGUGUCGAAAACGGGCAACGAGGAAUCGAAACGAAUCAUCGACUCAAUCAACGCCUUCUUCUGGACCGUUGCCGAGGUCGAACUGAGGAUGCCCAUCUGGCGGAUAUACCAGACGAGUGCCUACAAGAAGUACAUCGGAGCGCUGGACACAUUCCGAGAUCUAUGCAUGCGUCAUAUCAACAUUGCGAUGGAAAAAAUGAAUCACAGCACCGAAGUAAAGAGCGAGGAGCAUAUUUCAAUAGUCGAGCGAAUCCUGCAGAAAACCAACAACCCCAAGAUUGCGGCUGUGUUGGCGCUGGAUCUGAUCAUGGUUGGCGUUGAUACGACGUCAGUGGCAGCUACCUCAACCAUCUACCAGCUGAGUCAGAAUCCGGACAAGCAGGAAAUUUUAUUUAACGAAAUCAAGCGCAGUCUACCCUCGACGGACACAAAAUUCACCAUUUCGAUGCUGGAAACGAUGCCAUAUCUGCGCGCUUGCAUCAAAGAAACUCUCAGAAUGUAUCCGGUAGUCAUCGGCAACGGAAGGAGCCUCCAGUCGGAUGCCGUCAUCGGAGGAUACCACAUUCCCAAAGGGACCCAUGUCAUAUUUCCUCAUCUGGUCGUGUCUAAUCUGGAAGUGUACUUCCCAGAACCUGAUCGAUUCUUGCCCGAACGGUGGCUCAAGCGCGGUGAGCUGAAAGAGUAUGCCGGAUGUCCACAUGCAGGCCAAAAAAUUCAUCCCUACGUCAGCUUACCCUUCGGCUACGGUCGACGAACCUGCAUUGGACGACGGUUCGCCGAGUGUGAAUUGCAAAUUUUGCUGUCAAAACUUUUCCGGCGAUACCACGUGGAAUAUAAUUACGACAAACUAACCUACAAAGUGAACCCAACAUACAUUCCUGCCAAUCCACUAAAAUUCAAACUAACGGAACGCAGUGACUGACUGUGGGGGGCAUUGGAAGCAGAAGAAUAGCGGCGAUGAUGCCGAUGGAAAAUGUAAGAAGCGCACCUUACUAGAAAAUUUGAAUUAUUACCCCGUAGUCGUAGUAAACUCGCACACACCAGGAGCACACGGGAGAUGUAAUAAAAUAUUUAUGUACAUAAAUUUAUGCAAUAAAAAGAUAAGGUUAACCAGCAGAUAAGGCAAAAGCUGUAAGUCAGUUCUGCUCAGCAUAUUACGAAAUACCCGAAACUGAUGCUGGGUGCAUUUCACCGUGUGCCCUAAAAUAGCAGUUUGU